AAAUUUUAACUAUUUCGAAAAUUCCACCUGGCCACACUGUAAACGCCGCAAACAAAAUGGUUUUUGCAGAUUAAAAAUUUAAUUUUUUUGCAAUAUCUGGGAGUCUUUGCUAUAACCAGAUGUCCCAGUGGUCGACAGAGAAGUGCUAACGGUACCGUGACGGUGAAGAUGGAAACGCUGCGCUGCGGAAAAGCCCAGAAGAGCUCCGGCAAAGUGAAAAGGCUGCAGCCGCAGACUGGCGUAGGAUACGAAAACUAGUUUCUCACAGACGAGACCACACACUCACGCACACGCACAAGUAGAGCUUGCCACACAAAGCCUAUUCCCAGAAAUGGAAGGCAUGGACCUGUGGACGUCGAUGUUCUCCUCCGAGUUCGAGGACGGCGAGCCAGAAGGGGGCGGCGAGGCAGAGCUGCUGGAGGGAGGGGAGGAUGGCGGGCAGUAUGGCAACGGAAAUGGUGACUUUAUGGACGACACGGCGAUCCUGGAGGCUGGGGAUGGCGUGGACGAUCUGCUAGAUGGCGAGGACGAUGAGCGGGAGGAGGAGGAGCACGAAGAUGUCACGGAAAAAGAGACAAAAAGACCGGAACCGGACGACGAUGCACUCUUCGACUUUGAGCUGGAGCCGAUUGUGAGUAUUGGAGAGCCCACGCCGGGUUCGGCUCUAGCUCCAGCCGGUCCGAUGGGCGCCCAAGUGCGUCCAGCCCUGCAAAGGCAUUCACUGCCACCCCAAAGUCGGCCGAUUGGCUAUUCGGUGCGGCCAACUACCUCGCAAAUCAACGCCACUGAUGAGAACGGUGUGCCCAUCAACUAUGAGCUGGGCGUGGUGUACAUUUGUCCAGCCUGCGGCGGAGAGUUCCGGCAGCAGGAUCACUGGAAGCGGCACAUGAAUCAAAUCCACAGGUACAAUACCCUGCGUGGCCUCAACUUUGCGCCGCUGGACAAGCUGUAUCAGCGCUGCAAGGAGUGCCACAAGCGAAUUGCCAUGCACAGCCGGGAGAACCUGCUGAAGCACAAGUUUACGCACCUGCCCUUUCGGUGUACCAAGUGCUACAUCUGCAAGCGGGAGUACAAAUACAGGCAAGAUCUAAUGGUGCACCUACGCAUGGUCCACUGCGAUGAAGUGGUGGCCAUGAUGCGGGAGGGUUACAAUGCUGCCGGACGCAAGACCCGUGUAAGAGAGUCUCGGACAGAGCAAAUGCAAAGGGAGAAGAAUUUCCUGGAGGGUGAGGACCUGGAUCAUAUUGAGGUGCGAAACGAGCUGUUAGAACCGGAUAUUGAUGAGGAGUCUGGCGGCCUGGAGCAUCAUCAGCCACUGCUGGUGGAGGAGACGCCUCACAAGAAGCGAAACCGUGGCAGUGGCGAAGAAGCUACCGAGCUGUGUGAGGAUUACAUCCACUACAUGUGCCCCGAUUGUGGGACCGAGUGCGACACCCAUGCCCAGUGGAGCCAGCACAUAGAGUUCGUCCAUGACUAUGUCAGUCGGCGUGGGCUCAACUUUCGGAGCGUGGAUAUGCAGAUGCAGUGCCUCGAAUGCAAGAAGAUUGUGAUCCCCAACACCAUCAAGUCGCUGCGCUCCCACAAAUUCAGUCACCUGUCGCAUCCCGAGUGGCUGCGCUGCAAGCUCUGCUACAAGGGCUACACGGAUCAUGCGGAACUGGUUAGGCAUCUGCUAAAGCAUCAUCAUCUGGAGAGUCUAAUGUCGGAGGACCCGGGCCUGGAAGAGGAGGAUGCUUCACCCACAGUAGAUGGGGGAAAUGAAGGUGAAGACAACAAUGGCAAUGGGACCGCCUUGGACGAGGACUCUCCCUACUUCGAAGACGCCCCCCGACGCGGCGGUCGCAUUAGCAGCGAUGACAUUUUCGAACCCCACAUCGACUACCUCUGCCCGCAGUGCGGCAAGGAGUUCAUCGAGAAGAAGCACUGGCGCACCCAUGUGGUCAUGGCGCACAGCAUGAACGAUCUGUCCAAGCUGAACUUUGAGAUGAUCAACGAACGGCAGCUGAAGUGCACUGAAUGCGAGAAGAUCAUCACGAAUGCCUAUGGCAUACAGAAUGCCCAGCAGCACAGGAUCACCCAUCUGCCGUUCAAGGCAUAUGCCAGAUGCCGCAAGUGCCACAAGUCCUACACGGAUCGCAAGGGUCUCGUCAAGCAUCUGGCCACCUAUCACCGGAUUGGGUGUGAUGCUAGGAAGUCUGGAGGAGCUGCAUCUUUACCCAAGCAGCCACGCAAGCAGAUUGUGACCGUGGCCAAUGAGACCUACGAGAUUAUCUACCUGGACGAUGUGGAGCAGGGCCCCAGCUUGGAGGAUGAGAAUGAUUUUGGGGAGCAGAUGCUGGCUGAUGAGGAUGAUUAUCCGGUUAUUCAGCCACCGCCGCCGCUACAUCGGCAUGUGCCGCCUCCACCACGACCCUCCUCCACUCAGCAACGCUACAAGUGCGUCCACUGCAGCGUUCUCUUCCCCACCCAGAUGGCCGUGCGCGUGCACAUCAGUGAGAAGCAUCCCAGGAAGCCCCAUCAAAUGGGCAGAAGACAUCGCCAUUCGCUUUCGAAUUCUGGAGGAGCGGACUCGGGCCUUACCACCGUGGAGCAGAACUACAUAUUCCUGUGCCCCUCCUGCGGCAAGGAGUACAAGACGCAGUACGAGUGGCGGCGCCACAUCAACGAGGAGCACAACUUUGACAAGCGCAACUAUCUGAACAUGCGGCAGUUGGACAAGUAUCGCUAUCAGUGCACGCAGUGUAAGGACAUUGUGUGCAACUCGAAGCUGAAGGGUCUACAGGACCACCACUUCCGUCACCUGCCCUAUCGCCUGUAUCUCAAGUGCUUGGUCUGCGGCACCUGCUACAACCACAAGCCGAACAUAGCGGCGCAUCUUAGGGCGCGACACAACAUCUAUGACAGGGAAACGCCCCUGAUAGUCAAGCCGAAGAGUGUCUAUAAUCGUGGCAAGGAUGGUGAGAGAGAAAAGGUCUCACUAGCCACUGCCGCUCCCUCAGCCGUCUCUCCACCCGGCUGCUCCUCCUCCACGUCCGCCUCAGCUGUUGUUGUUCCAGCUCCAGCUGCUCCCGUGGUCAGUCGCACGCUUAAGCCCCAACCUGGAGACCUGCCCACACGACCCGCCGGCCUGAACACCCUGGAGGACAGCAUCUCCUACCACAAUGCCGUGGACAUGGACUUUAUUACGUACUUCUGCCCCAAGUGCAACCAGAACUUUGACUCCCAUGCCUUCUGGCGCAAGCACAUUGUGGAGCAGCACAACUUCAACAGUCGCGAGGGUUUGAAUUUCCGGCAGAUCGACAACCAUCACUACCUGUGCCUGGAGUGCUACAAGCGCGUCACGGUGACCCACACCAAGGGCGCCAUUGGUCAGCUGCAGUCGCACAAGUUCCGGCAUCUGCCGCAUCGCUCCUUCAAGUGUCUAACCUGUGACGCCUCGUUUGUGCGCAAGCAAAUGUUCUUCAAGCACUUGAAUCGUGACACCAACCGCUGUGACAAUCGUCCCCAGCGCGAGUUGGACGACGAAGAGCCCAGCCAGGACUCGCAGCUAGGCACCAUUUACCAUCUGGCCUGUCCGCAGUGCGGCGAUGACUUCAACACGCCCAGCCGGAAGCAGUGGCGAAAUCACAUCAAUGUCCUCCACGGCCUGACCACGCUGGAUCUGCUGCACAUGGAGAAGGUGGAUGGAGCGGAGGAUCUCUAUCGCUGCCAGGACUGUAACGAGGAACUGCAGACGAACCGGCAGUGGGUGCUGCAAUACCACCGCUUCCAGCAUCUCCCGCAGCCGGCCUACAUACGCUGCCAGCUGUGCGAGCAGAGCAGUGAAAGGGAUGCUUCAGUGGUAUCUGGGAUGCACAGUCUACGCGAACUGCAACAGCAUCUGCGCAAGCAUCAUGCCACAACGGUGGGCGAGAAUGAGAUGCAAAUGCUCCGCGAACAAAUAGCCCAGGAGGAAAAGGAGCAGCAGGAGGAGACACUGGGCCUCGGUGGGGGAGAUGAAGAGGACAACCAGGUGGGCCAGGACUCGGGGCCCUAUAUGCCGCUUCCGCCGCAUUUAUUGGACGAUGGAGACGACGUAGAGUUUGAGGACCAGUAUCUACUGGGCUAGGGUUUGUCUUUGAAGUAAUCGCAGGGGAGAAUGUAAUCUUUACAAUUUUUAAUAUUUUUUUAAAAUUUUUCUAGUCUUUAAAGGGUUUUUUUUUUAACUAUCCUAAAACUAUCAUAAAACUAUCUUAAAUAGUUCUGUUUUUGUUACGGAAAUCUCAGACAAUUGUAGAUAUUUUAAAAAAUUACUGGUUUUAAUUUGUUUUUGAUUGUAAGGGAAUUUUUAAAUUAUUUUAAAAUUUUAAUUAG